AUGAUUUCUGUAUUAACAUUGAUUCUGUAUAUUAUCAUUGUUCUUUUAUUCAUUCCAAUAAAGUCAGAUAUUGUCCAUCAAUUACGAGAUAAACGAAAACGUCGUAGUCAAAUAGCUGAAUUUGAUAUACCUACAACACAAGAAAAUUCACAUUUUCAUAAUGUUGUUCAUCAAGCUGGUGUCAUUGCGAAAAACAUUGGUGAAAAAUUCGAAACUAAACUUGGUCAUAGUUAUGAAAUCUUGGGUCAUCAAAUAUCUCAUUUGGGUUCUCAAUUAGAACAAAACAAAACUAGUCUAGCAGAAAAAGCUACAGAUAUUUAUCAAGGUCCAUUAGCAAAUAAAACUAGUAUUAUUUUUGAAAAUUUUCAAUAUAGUUAUGGAAAAAUGGGUGAUAGAUUAAGUUAUAUUCUCAAUUGGUUAGGUCAAAAUAUUAUUAUAAUGGGAUAUUAUACUAGUUCAAUUAUUCGUUCAAUUUUUUAUAUCAUCGGUGAUAUUAUUGGAUAUACAAUUGAGAAAAUCGAACAAUUAAUUGGUAAAGGAUUAAUGAAAACUAGCGAAAAAGUUCAUCAAGCUGCAAUUGAUCUUCAACGUACAUCACAUAUAGAUAGUCAACAUUUGCAAGAUAAAUUUCAAGAAACAGCACCAAAAUUUAAACAAUCAAUAAAUCAUGCAAUUGAUGUACUUGGUCAAAAAAUUCAAAGACUUGGAAUUGAUACUGAAACAGCUGGUCAAAUUAUCGAACAACAUCGUUUUCUUGAUACACUUCAACAAGCAUAUGACAAUUAA